AACAAAUGCCUAAUUCAAAAUUUUCAAAACCUUAACUGAAGACCGCUGGUAAGAGAACUGAACGCCGCUGAGCCUCUUGCCGUCGCCGGAACCUCUCUCCGCCGCCGGUCUCUGUCACCACUCGCCGUGUCCCUCCUCGCUGAAGCUUAGAGGAAUUAGCCUAUGGGACUUACUGGGUAUCCUCCAGAGAUACUUAUCUCAUUUAGGCAUGUCGCAUCGUGUGACAGGUGUUGAGAAGAAGCACACGUAUAUGAGCAGACGUUCUAGAUUUAGUUGACAAGAUUUAAGGAGGCAUGUUUUAUCUGAGUGUAUUAGAACACACACUGAGGUUGCCGCCUCAUCUCCUAAACCUUCCACUCAAUGAAGCAAUCAAAGGAGAGCUUGAGGGUCUCUUCAUGGAUAAGGUUAUUGCAAAUUUGGGCCUCGGCAUAUCUAUUUAUGAUAUUCGCUCCGUAGAUGACGGUUUUAUCUAUCCAAGUGAAGGUGCCUCCACAUAUAAGGUCAAGUUUAGACUGGUAGUGUUUCGCCCAUUUGUAGGAGAAGUAAUAAGUGCUAAACUCAAAGAGUCCAAUGCAGAGGGUUUGCGCUGUAAGCCUCGAAGAAUGUUGUCACUUGGAUUUUUCGAUGACAUUUAUGUACCCGCACCUCUAUUGCCAGAUCCAUCACGUUCUGAGCCUGAUCCUGAAAACAAGAACCAAGUUAGGUGGAUAUGGAAGUUUGAUGAACUAGAUUAUCCUAUUGAUGGCAUAGAUGAGAUUAGGUUCCAAGUCCAUAAUGUUAGUUAUCCAUCAAUGCCACUGGAGCAAGAUAAAGAUUCAAAACCAUUUGCACCGAUGGUCAUAAAGGGAUCUCUUGAUGCUGAUGGCCUUGGACCAAUUUCAUGGUGGAUAUAGUAUAUUUUUUUGACAUCAUUAGAGAGCAGCAAAAUGAGCUAGAAGAGCCAUUUUAAGUAGUGUUCGAUUGAUUAUGUAUUAAUCAAUAUUCGAUUGAUUGGUUUGAGUUUAUCGACACAAAAGAUUUGUCUAAGUCACUUCGAUAGAAAGGAAGGAAUAGUCUGUAUAUUUCGUUGGGGAUUUCUGGGAAAAAAUCAUUGCAGAUUCUUCCGAUUCCUUAUAAAAGAUAUUUAAUCCGUUAGAAUGAAUUGUCAUACUUGUUAAUAA